ACGCAAGAAAGGAAGGCAUGUCUAGGGGGGAACCGUAUCCGCAGGGAACAAUGCAUAUACCCCACAAAUAAAAGAUAUUACCUUACAUAGAUUGUCAUCUGUUCUGUGAUGUACAAUCAACAUAUUUCGUCAACGUGGGGUGAGCAGAAACCCUGAUAACGUGACUCAUAUCGUCCGCUGUUUUGUUUGGUGACGUCAGAAUACAGCGCAGACUAGUGAUUGGUUGACGACAUCAAGGCUUUCAAACAUGGCGGAUAUCCCUUUGUGAAGAAAGGCCUUCGGGUCUUAGUUAAAUAUUACAAAAAUGGCGAGUUCUGAAAUUCAAACAGGAGAAUCAGCCCGACAUAUUAAUCAAGGAAAUGAUGAGGCUGGUAAUCAUCAUUUAGUUGAGAUGUCUGGAGAUGCUGAUGUUGGUGUUGUUGGAGAAAUAGGUGAGGCUGAAGAAGUCCUAAAGGUGACUUCAGUAAUGUCUCAUAAUGGAGAUCAUCCAGGAAUGCAAGAUGAGGUGCAUUAUGUGACUACUGAUGAGACAGGGCAGGCAGUUACUAUUGUCUAUCCCCAGUCAACCAUACCUCUUUUAAGGGCAUCUGAUGGAAGUCUAGUAAACUUUGUAGAACUUCCAGGAGUUCAUGGCGAAUUGGAAUUAGAUCAAGGAGCUUUGAGUGGUGAAGCAGGAAUGAUUUUGCAACAGGAUUUUGCUGGUGAAGGGCCGGUCACAAUAGUAGCUGCAGAAGAUGCCAGUGAACAGUUUUCACUACUUAGCCAGGGUCAUGAGCAUUCAACUAUGACCAUGAGCAAUGGAGAAGGAACACAUACAAUCACAUACCUAACAGCUGCAGAGGAUGGUGUUGCUGGGUCACCCACUGCUAUACUAGGAGAACACUUGAUCCAGAUACCAGCGAAUGAUCAAUCAGGUUCAUCUCAUACCAUAACUUUACCAUUAUCAAUUUUAAAUGAUGGAUCAGGAGUUUCCAUUUUACAAGGAUUAAGUAAUUUACAGCUACCAUUGAUGAGUGAAACAGGGGAAUCUGUAACUUUGGCAUCAACAAUUGAUUCUGAACACAUAACAGUUAGUGGGAGAGAUGACUCUCAGAGUCAUGCAUUAUCAGAACUAUCGCCACCAGUAGUAACUACUUCUGUCAGCACAACACUAAGUAAUGCACCCUCUCAAAGUACAAAUCGGCGACCACAGUCUUUACUUGUUGCAUCUCAACUUUCUGCCUCAAAUAAUUCAUCAAAAUCUGCUACAUCUAUUAACAAUAAAGAGUCUCUUGUUUUCAAAACAAAUAAUAUUCUGAAUAAACAGGCGACAAACAACCAGAGUAAGAAGCUCAUUGGAACUGGUCCUAUGGCUAUUUCAGCCCAGGGAGUUGUUCAGAAAAUAGGUAACCGACUUGUUACAGUGUUACCCCGUCCAGAAGAUUUGAAGAGACUCCAAGACAGUAAGUCUUUGAUACUGAGUGUCAAAGGCUCUGGAGAUGUUAACAAUGAUUUUAAUGGUCUCAAAGGUCAAAGGACAAGAAGAGUGCCAGUUCCAGUAAGACCUCAUCAAAGAUUUGGCAGAAGGGGCAGGGGAGGGAAUCGAGGAAGGCCACCAAAUAUAAUAAAAGAAAUGAAAGAAAUGAAUUUUCAAAAUGAUGCCACCAGAUCCAUUUCAUUAUUGAAGAAAGACAUUCACAAUUCAGUUCUUUUAGGUGAAAUGCCUGUUGAGAAUAAUUUUGGUGCCUGUGUAAAGAUAGAAGACACAAAUGAUGAAGGAAUUGUAGUGGAUAUGACACUCCCUGGUGGCUCACCAGCUUCAGCAGUGUUAGUCAAAGGACCACCUGAAGAUGAUGAUUAUACAUUACCAGAAUUUAGUGUCCCAAUGCCAAUUGUUUCUCGUCGUGGGCGUCGUAAAAAAAGAGGAAGAGGGAGGCCUAGAGGAACUUAUGUUAUUUCAUCUACUGGCCGAAGACCAGGAAGGCCAAGAAAAGUGGAAACCUUACUUGAAGGACCUCAUGGAGCUCGAAUGAUUCACACUGGUCCAGAUACACGUUUAGAUGGUGAACUUAAUGAAGGUAAUGAGUUGCCAACAGAUGUUACAUCUAUUGAAUUAGCUGGCAUUGAUGUCAGUGAUGGAUUAGAGGAAAUGCAGGUGUUAGAUAUGGGUAAUCUGAAACAAGAACCAAUCGAUAUUCAGCCCAAGAAGGAGGAUGUCAUAGAUCCCAAUAAAAGAAAGCUCCCCCCAAGAAGACGUGGAGCAAGAUAUGAAAAAAUGAUUCAAGCCCUUGUGAAAUCAGAAUAUGAAGAUGAUUUCUCUAUGGAAGAAGAAGAUUUUUCCCCUGACUACCUAACACAUCGUAGAGCUCCACCUGUAGCUAAGGCAAAAGGAACAUCAGGACCAGGUAAAAGAGGUCGUCCAAGAAAGAAUUGGCCUGCUCCAGUAGUUACAGAAUCAAUAAAGCUUGAGCCAGGGAUUGCACAGCAUAGCAUCAUGGAUGGGACUACAGAAACUACCCACAUCACUGAUGUUGCUCAUGAAGAUCUUAUGACAACAAUGGCUGGAGUUGAAUUAAGUGGCUCUGAAAAACAUAAUCUUCUAAUCUCCUUCCAAAAACCAGAAACAGGAGAGAUGGUGAUAACCAUGUUGCCACCUCCUCCUGGGGCUGAACGCCAGCAAGAAAUUCCAGAACAAACAACAGAGGGGACACAAACAGAAGAUACAGAUCUUCCAUUAGAUGAAUUAGGAAUCAAUGGCCAUAAGUGUGAGGAAUGUGGAGAAAUCAUCCAGUUCAAGCGAGAUUACAUCCGACACUUAAGACAGAAACAUGACCUUCGACCUUUUGAAUGUGAUCAGUGUGGUAAGACAUUUACAUCAUAUGCAGCUCUUGAUUCCCAUCACAAAAUGCAUGGUUUAGAAAGGCCACACAGAUGUGAUUAUUGUGGAAAGGGAUUUGUAGACCCAUCACACUUGAAGACCCAUAUUUUGACACAUACUGGAGAGCGGCCCCAUAAGUGCCAACAGUGCUUCAAAACCUUUGUUCAAGCUUCUCAGCUUAAGAAGCAUUUAGCCAUUCAUGAGGAAACUCAUCAGUUUAGAUGUUCAGUUUGUAAUCGAUCAUUUGCACACCGAGAUACUUUGUACACUCACAUGAAAACUCACACUUCCAAUAGACCAUUUAUAUGUGAUAUUUGUAGUUUAGGUUUUGUGACUAGCAGUGGUCUGAAUCGUCACAGAAAGGUUCAUAAAAGAUCCACAGAUCCUGUUCAGAAUGUGGUAGAUGAACUGAAAUGUGGUGUAUGUCAAGCAAGUUUUACAUUUAAAAGAACACUGACUAAGCAUUUGAAUAUGGUACAUGGUGAUGGUACUCUUAUUAAAGAGGAGAAUGAAUCUGAUGGUACAAAAGGAUUUCAAGAAGAAGAGGGAUCAAUUGUUGAACAACUGCAAGAGCAACUUAAUGAGGGAUAUGCUCCAAAAACAUCUGAAUUGUAUGAUGAACCUAAACAAUCAGAAACUUUAGAAAGCAGAUACCCAACAAAUCCUUUCAAAUGUGGUAUUUGUGAAGAAUCUUUUACAGAUGUUGACAUUUUGUGUGAUCAUUAUACGAACUGUCACACAGGUGAGCAAGAAGUUUACUGUGACAUUUGCAGUGUAGGAUGUGCCACAGAUCAACAGUUAGACCAGCAUAAACAGUUGCAUAUUAUUGAAGAGGAGCAGUCCAUAAUACAGACAACACCUACUGAUGAAUAUCCAUUUGUUUGUAAUGUUUGUGGGAAGAGCUUCAGGAAACAACAAGAACUCAUUCGUCAUCGACGAGUUCACUCUCAGGAUAGGAACUACAAGUGUGAUUUAUGUGGGGCAGGGUUCCCCUUAAAAUCUGCUCUAGAUAAGCAUGUAUUAGUUCACACUGGAGAACGUCCAUUUAAAUGUGAUGUUUGUCUCAAGAGUUUUCGUCAGAGUGCAGCAUUAGUUAGACAUAAAUUAUGGACACACAGGUUGAAAAAUCAAAACAAAUGUGAACUGUGUGGGAAAACCUUCUUCACUCCUGCCCUUCUCACAUACCAUCUUGACAGCCACGGUGAUGCAGGUGAAACUGUUAAAUCACGACUAGCAGAAGCCGCAGAAAAUUUAGAUUCUUCAGUUGAUGAACUGCCAAGUGAACAACAAAACAGUAUUGGAGACAGAGGUAUUAAAGACAUUGGUGAAGACAAUGGUCAUAAGUGUGAGUAUUGCAGUGAAAGCUUUCAAUCAUAUGUUGCACUUCUGACUCAUAAAUUAACUCAUAAACUUUCUGCAUCUUACAAAUGUGAUUUAUGUCACAGAACUUUCCGUGAAAAACGAUACUUGCAGAAACAUAAACUGACCCAUAAAGGAGUUAAGAGUUGGAAGUGUGACAUCUGCAAGAAAGCAUUUGCAACCAAACUUACAUUAAUUAGACAUUCUCAUGUACAUUUAAGAGAAGCACUUAGACCAGGUCCAGAACUUCCUUAUAUUCCAGAAGAGGAGGAGGAAGGUGGUGAAGGAAUCAGUGGGAGCACUCUUCCUGCAGUGCUGAAGUGUGAUGAAUGUGGCAUUGACUUUGCUCACAAAAGUCAUUUUGUACGCCACAAACUGCUUCAUUCAGGCACACCACUUUUGAAAUGUGGGCUGUGUAACAAGCUCUUUGUUCAUAAGAGUGAUAUUAUACGCCAUAAAGUUAUGCAUUCAUUCAUGUUUACUUGUGAUGUGUGUGGCCGUAAUUUUCAUAAAAGGUCAUUAUUUGUCAUGCAUAAGAAGAAGCACAUUGAUGAAAAACCUUUCAAGUGUGAAUGUGGAAAAAGUUUUUCUACCAGUGGUAAUUACAAUACACAUCGUCGUAUCCAUAGUGGUGAGAAGCCAUACAAAUGUGAUGUAUGUGAUUACAGGUGUUCACAGAGUGGAAGGCUAUUAAAACACAAACGUAUGCACACAGGAGAGAAACCUUACCAGUGUGACAUUUGUGGGAAAUACUUUGCUAAUGCAGAAUCUGUUAAAAUACACAUGCGCAUACAUACAGGUGAACGUCCUUUCAAAUGUGGAAAUUGUGGUAAAACAUUUAUAAACAACAGUAGUCUUAAUCAACACAUGAGAGAUCAUAUUCGAGAAGAAAUGUUCAAAUGUGACAUGUGUAACCACAAGUUUAGAAGGGAGCAUCAUCUUACAAAGCAUCGGCAGUUUCAUCACCUACAACAGCAGUAUCAAAAUGUUAGUAUGGGUUUGGAAUCAGAUGCCAAUGUUGAAGCUCACCUCUAUAUGUGUGAAAUAUGUGGGAGGGUAUUUGAUAAAAAGAAGUAUUUAUACACACAUCAUAAUGUUCAUUCCCGCCAGCGAAACUUCCCUUGUACAUAUUGUGGUAAGCAAUUAGCAUCUCGGCUUGCUCUGAAAAACCACAAUCUCAUACACACAGGUGAAAUGCCUUACAAAUGUGAUUUUUGUGAAAAAGAAUUUCGCAGUUCCUCUAAUUUGAAAAGGCAUGUACGAACACACGUUACUCAGGAUGCAUUGCGAUGUGAUGUUUGUGAUGAAACUUUUUACAGUCCGGAACUUUUAAAUCAACAUAAAGCAAACCACAUGCAAGGCAUGAUGAUGAUGAAUCCAAGUGUCGAUGGUGUAUCAGCAUCUGGUAAUUCACCUCAUUUAUAUGUAUUUGAGACUGUAGGGGAAGUAAGUGAAGCUAUGGAGUCAACUCAACAGCUUUUAGUUGAUAAUCAACAGCAGUUUCUAGUAGAUAGUUCACAACCACUCUUAGUGUUCCCAGAGCCAACAAACACACCAUAUUCAGAAUUGCCAGAAACUGCUGAUCCAGAUCCUGAGCCAGUUACUUCAGAUCCUCUGUCUGAGGCUGAAGUGGUGAUGGUGCAGGACAUGAAAGAUGAACAGCAAGACGAGGAAGAAGAACGUGCAGUAGAGAAACCAUUUAAAUGUGAGGUUUGUGCUAAAUCAUUUGCUAAAAAGCAGUACUUGACCAAACAUAAAUACCGACAUAGAGAAGUUAAACCUCAUCCUUGUGAUAUAUGUGGGAAAAGAUUUGCUCAGAAGUUUGAGGUGGCAGUUCACAAGAUAAAACACACGGGUGAACGACCUUAUCAGUGUGAUAUAUGUCGUAAGCCUUUCAGAAGCAAAGUCAACUUAUUGAAUCAUAAAAUGCGUCAUACAGGAGAAUACCCUUUCUUGUGUUCUGUUUGCCGUAAAGGGUUUUCAACCCAACUACAACUUGAACGACACGUUAGUCUCCACACAGGUUCUCAUCCUUAUAAGUGUGCACUGUGUCACAGAGGGUAUACUCAGCGUACUAAUCUCAUAAAGCAUUUAUCUAAGCACCAUGAUAUUGAAGAUCCAAGUCAGAUAGAAACUGUAAACUCACUUGAAAAUGAAGAGGCAGUUGAAAAUAUGGAAGGUAUAGAGGAAGGAGAGGAUGAGUCUGUGCUGUCUACAGUACAAGAAGCUACCUUGGAUGGAAGAAAUGGUGGUCGGCCUGCAGUUGAAGAAGCAGAGCAAGCUGCUGCUGCCAUUGCUAUGGAUGAAGACUUGCUCAGCUCAGAUGACCAGCAAGCUGCAUACUCUGUAGUAGAAGUCCAUCCUGAUUACCUUAAAGAUUUCUUAGCUGGACAACAGGUAGUAGCUACUCAUGAAAUGGACCCAAAACUCUUCCAAUCUAUCCUUCAAGUACGUGCUGCAGGUGAUGACAGUGCAGCAAUUUCUGAUGGACAGGCUGUUGUCCACGUGUCCACAAUUGACGAUUAAGUUUUUAAUAAUUCUUGUUCAAAAGUUAUUUUUUUGAACUGAUAUUUUAUGCCUGAAAUGUUCAUAUUUUAUCUGUGAAAUGUUGGACAUAAUGUGUGUUGAAUAUAGCAAUAAGCUUUUUGUUUGUGGAAUUUAUUUUUGUAACUUGCAUAAGUAAUUGAGUUGUAUGUAAGGAGCUUUAAUUUUCUGAUAAAACAUUUACAGUAUUUUUUGCUUAUGUUUUAAAAACAUAUACAGUAUUUUCUGCUUAUUUGUUAUAUAAGUUAUGAAUUGAAUUCCACUCAGUAUUCAUAAGGAUUUCUUGUUAACCAGCAAUGCUGGAAAAGACUAGUCAUCAAGGACUAAUAUUUUUUUUACAAACUUGCUGAAAUUAUUUGAGAGAUUUUGCACUUAACUGGCACCAUUUUUUGCUUUUUUUGACAUGAGGGAAUCUUGGAGAUAAUUCAGAGCAAUACCAAAGAACUGUUUAGGUGUCCUUUAAAUUCCCAUGUAGAUCAAUAAUGAUUUGGUUAUAAUCUAUCAUCAUUCUUGCUUGUACUGUGUAUGUAGUCCUGAAUGGUCUAAGUUGUUCUUUACAAUUCCCUGCUACUUCCAAGGAAGUUAAAGUGCAUUUCCAUAAUACCUCUACUUACCUUUUACCUGUACUCAGGUUUUGAUGACAAUAUAUACUACUAGAUAAAAAUUGUAUGGAGAUGUGCAAAUUUAAUGUUUCCUUUGUGCAUUUUUAAAGUAAGAUUUACUUUUAACAUCCAAAGUGCACAUUGUGUUGGAAGAUUCAAUUUACCAUAAUUUUACAAGGAUGGUGGAGGAGAGGUACCUCAUCAGACUUAUUGUCUUGUUUAUACCAGGUGCCAAAUUAGCAGAAAAUUAUUUAAAAAUUGUAGCUUACAGUGUGUAUGUGCAACCAGUUUAUCAUUCCUGUAGGACUUGAUAAAAGUGCAUAUAAAAAGAGAUACUGCUCUUUAUUUUGACUUUAAAUUUUAAAGAGUCCAGUAUGUUUCGAAAUAUAAAAAAAUAGAACAGUAAAAAAUGCCUUAGGAAAAUAAAGCAUUAGUUAACUCAUGCUGUCAGACAACAAUGUCUUUUGUAGUGUUUUUUUGUUAGUUGGCGGUCAUUCUUUAUUUUCUCAAUGAAUUCUUUCUGAUGCAAGGCACAAUUGUUCUUGGAAAAUACAUAAAUUUUACUAUGUCAUUAUACAUAACCAUUACAAAAUCCUUACAUAACAUGUUUUAGAUGUGAAUACAAUGUCCAUUUUCUUUUAAGUAUACUGUAUGUAAAUGGAAAAUAGGAAAGAAAGAAUGCUAUGUUUGCAAUUCUGGUUUUAUACUGCAAGAUAUUUAGCCAUGACAUAUCCUUGUAAAGUAAUACAUCUUUUAAAUAAACCUUUUGAAUCGGUCUAUGUACAAUGCAUGGAGUUUAUGAUCCAUUUAAGCAUUUAGAGUUAAUUAGCCUUCAAGCUUAUGAUUUAUAACUCUCAACAGCCAAGCAUUAUUCUAAUACAAUGCUUUUCAUUAGUUUACCUAAUAAUGUCCCAAAUUAUCUGGCAGCUUUUAACAAAUUACAUACUUAUACAGGAAAAUAAUUCAGAUUUCCCAUAAAUCUGUAUCAAACAAACCAUUGCCUUUGAUAGCGCUACCUCAAUUUACUUGGAAGUUAUUCUGUUACCUAGGUGGUCAGAUAUUUCCUCUUUGUAAAGUGAAGAUCCCUUAACUGAAAUUCAUGGCUUUGUACAUUUUUUAUGUAUUUUUGCUGUCUUUGUUAAUGUGUUAUUCUUAUUUAGCAAUAUCUUUUUACAUUAUCUAGGCAAUUUUCUACUGCUCUCAACAACAAUUCAUUGUGUCUGAGGUGAACACGUGAAUUUUUUUACCUUAAACAACAUCUAUUGUACAAUCCAUAGCUAAAUGUCAAACUUCGUCCCUAACAUUUGCAGAUACAUCCACUCUGCAACAAAGCUUCAUGCUGAAUAGGGCAAGAGAGAGGUGUAUGUGUUAUCCUUUUUUGUGGGGUAAUUUCUCACAAGCAAGAUUAACAGAGUAGCUUUCAUUCUUUUCUUUGUAGUCUUUCACUUCUGAAUGAGGCAUAAAGUUAUCAUCUAAGGCAAUGGUUUGCGUACAAAAUAAGCUUUUAAAAGCUUUACAAUUAUCCCAUACACUGGCUACAGUAAGUACUGUACUGAGUAUGUGAUGCCCUAUAGUCAAGUGUGACAACCAAAAUGCAUCAAAAUGUUACUCUUGUACAAGGAAAUUUCAUUGGGUAUGUAUUGUAGAGGGACAUACAUACAAUCCGUGGGAUUGUGGAGUAGGGUGGCCUGCUCCUUUCUCCUCUAGUUUUGACUCCCAGCUAUAUGCUGGUGGUCCUCAUUUACAGCUGAGUCAAUUGCUGAACAUAAAAUGUGAGCAAUUAUCAAAAAACCUGUUGUAUUUCUCUUCAUAUACAACACUGAAAGGCUGUUUAGUUCCAUGUUCGCUACAUGUGACAUAUCUCUACAAGGGCAAUACUUAAUUGCAUUAGGUAAUAACAUCUUUCUACUUUUCUUGUUGGAAGUUGUAAAUUGCAAGUUUUAUGAAGUUACUCCUUUAAUGGAUAAGUGAUGCUGACAGUGGACUAAGUGAUUUUCAAACUUACCGCACUCAAAAUGAAAGUAAUUACAAUCAUUCUUGGUGCACUUAAUUACAUUCAUCUUUUGUUUUUACUUGUAAUGUUCUUGUAGAACAGUAAAAUUUGUAUGUAUUGGUUUUAUCCAAAUUUGUCCUUCAAUAAACAAAUAAUUUCCCUUCACUUGAAGAGUAUACAAUAUUAUGCUUAAAAAUCAUAAUUUUUUUUCUGUUUACAGAAGUGUAAGUUCACAGUGAAAACUUCAACAUGUAGUAAAUGUAUACUAUUUCUUUAUGCUGUAAGUCAGCAAAAUUAUGACUUAUGCUGCAUAACUAUCGUUGCAAGUAAAACUAGCCAGUUUUAGUUUGAAGGUCAUUUUCAUAUAGCAACAAGAUUUUAUUACAUUUUCUAAAUAAAAGAAAACAGAAAAACCAUUGUGAACUAAGCUUGGGAUGCUGUUCUCUACAUGUUUUAGUCUCUUUAUAAUGAACUGCUAAGGUCAUUAAAAUAAAGAUUGUAUAUAUCAUUGUAAAUUGUGCCAAAAUUUCCUGCUUUAAAGUAACUCUGUUGUAAGAAAGGUCAUUGAGACUGUUCAUUAUGGGCAAUGCAACACAAUGGUUAUAUUGUAAACAGCUCCGUGAAAGUGAAUGGCAAGUACACUUGGUGUUUGAAGCAACAGAGAAACUUGAAGACAGUCCUGUAUAUACUGUAAUUACUGCUAAGUCUGUAUAGAUCAUAAAAUUGUAUUAAUAUCACCGAUUAUUUUUACAGGUAUUUCAUGUGAAUAUGUUACUGUGAAGAUCCAGCAUCUUCCAAUAUUUUCAUGACAUCUUUCAGGUGAUGCUAACUUUUUUCUGUUGCUGGAAGAGUACAUUUGUAUUUGUAUGUACCUGUACAUGUAUUGCUAAGUAAUGCAUUAUCAUUUGAUGUGUAUCCUUAUAAAAAUUUUCUAUUGAUGGGAAAUGUAAUCUUUAAAAAUUCCAUAU